GCCAUCGCAUUAAGAUUAUGAACGCAGCUUUUUAUGGUGAAUAACGUGUAAAAAUAUAUCUCCCACGUUAAGGAAGGUUCUUAAAAUAAUAUAUAAUACGAACAGUUAAAAAGAACAGUUCCUAAGUGGUAGAGGAAAAAAAGGAAAAAAUUUUAAAGUUAAGAGAUACAACACUUGAUGAUGACGUUUUCGUUGUUGAUUCUACUGCUUUCGUUAUCCGCAACUGUAUAUGUGGAAGCAUACAGUGUGGAGAAAGCAGUAGCAACUGAUCAGAUAGCGCAAGUGGCAAGCGCUGUAGUUGCUGCCACAGCCACAGAUGAUUCCAGCAGCUCUGAGGAUGACGAUGACGAUAGCAGCAGCGAGGAAAAUGAAAGUUUUACGCCGCUCGGGCAUGUAGGAGCAAAGGCGAAGAAGGGAGAUGACACUGAUUCGGAGGAUUCCGAUUCUAGCGAUUCUAGCGAUUCAAGUGAAGAGAGUGAAUACAGUGAAAUGAUGGAGGAGUUCCAAGACAUGUUUAAUGAAGCAGGUGAUAUUGACUGGAGUAAAUUAGGUAUUGAUGAUUUUGAAAUGUUAGGAGAUGAAUUUAACCUCGACGGUGGUUUAUUGUGGCAAACAGCACAAGGUAGUGCCGGCCAAGGUUUGUUCAAUGUUGGGGCUCAGGGAGGUGCAGGUGCAGGUGGUCAGUUUGGUGGCUCAGCUACAGGUUCAGUAUCUGGAGGAUCUGGUCAGUGGAAUGGUGGAUAUGGCUCUGAAGCUGGUGGUUUCCUGACAAGAUUCGGAGAGGGUGCUGCGAAAGGCUCUUGGGACGGCGGGGCUGGUCAGGGUUCAUGGACAGGUGAUGCCGGUAAGGGUUCAUGGGCUGGUGCAGCUGGCCAAAUCUCAUCCGGCGGGGCCGGUCAAGGCGUAUGGACUGGCGGAGCUAGUCAAGGCUCAUGGGGUGGUGCAGGUCAGGGCUCAUGGACUGGCGGAGCUGGUCAAGGCUCAUGGGAUGGUGCAGGACAGGGUACGUCGACAGGUGGAGCAGGUGCUUCAGGCGGGGCCGGUCAGGGCUCAUGGACUGGCGGAGCUGGCCAAGGCUCAUGGGGUGGUGCCGGACAGGGUUCGUCGAAAGGUGGAGCCGGUGAAGGAUCCUCCGGCGGGACCGGUCAGGGCUCGUGGACUGGCGGAGCUGGUCAAGGGUCAUGGAGCGGGGCCGGUCAGGGCUCAUGGACUGGCGGCGCUGGUCAAGGCUCAUGGGGUGGUGCAGGACAGGGUUCGUCGACAGGUGGAGCCGGUGUAGGAACGUCAGGCGGGGCCGGUCAGGGCUCAUGGACUGGCGGAGCUGGCCAAGGCUCAUGGGGUGGUGCCGGACAGGGUUCGUCGAAAGGUGGAGCAGGUGUAGGAUCUUCAGGCGGGACCGGUCAGGGCUCAUGGACUGGCGGAGCUGGUCAAGGGUCAUGGAGCGGGGCCGGUCAAGGCUCGUGGACAGGUGGUUCCGGACAAGGUUCAUGGACUGGUGGUGCCGGUCGGGGUUCGUGGACAGGUGGUGCAGGUCAGGGUUCAUGGACUGGUGGAGCCGGACAAGGCUCCUGGGGCGGUACCGGUCAGGGCUCUUCGACAGGCCAAGCUGGCGGAAGUGGAUCAGGAAAAUGGUGGAUGUCUACUUCCGGCAAAAAUGCUGCUCUUUUGGAAAGGUUAAGAGCUCUCCUCCGUGCAAAAAUGGCAGCUGGGCAAUGGAAAGAGGAGUGGAACCAGCAUUUCGGCAAGGCCUUCUCUUCCGGUUUUGUUGGCCGCGAAAAACCAGGCCACAUCUUGCAGACAGUUAAAGGAACAAUGGGUCACAAUGAUAUUGGAGGAGCCACUAGAGUCGUACUGGGCGGCGGUCGUUGGACCCAAACUAAGCCUGUGGAAACUGUUGCCCGGAUGAGAAGUAGUUCGGGAAGUAGUUCAUCUGGAAAUAAUCAGCAGAAAACAUCGAUAGCACAAACACAAACAAUUAAUUAAACUGUUUCUAUUUCCACUAAUAUGCUGUCAAUACAAUAAUUUCUAUAAAAAGAUCCUGUGAAAGCAACUAAGCAAAAUACCAAUGUUCAUGAGGGAUGAUAUAAGUUACCCCUCAUUCCCCUAGCCUCGGCUUUAGGGAAAUUCUAAUAUUAUACAUAAACAUUGAAUGGACUCGAAAUGACUUUAAGUAAUCGUCAGUGAAGUGUAAGCGUAUAAAAAGCGUAACUCAACACUGUUGACCGUUUCGUUAUAGAUUAUGACCCCGGUCUGUAAAUAGCUAAUUAAACAAACGUUGGUUCCGAGAAACAAUUGUCGAUAUGAGUUAUACUGCGCAUUAUUUGACGAACUGACAUAACAUGGAAAAUAAGAAAUUUAUAUGAAAUAUC